AUGAGCGGGCAAACUGGGCUUCGGCGCUUGCGCAGCAUCUUCAGACCGGGUCUUUUCAAGAACAAAGUGGCCGUGGUAACAGGAGGAGCAACGGGGAUCGGGAAGGCAAUCACCGAGGAGCUUCUUUAUUUGGGUUGCAGCGUCACAAUAGCGUCUAGGAACGAAGAGAACCUGAGGAGCGCGGUCAACGAUUUGCGUAGCGGACUAACUGAUCAAGACGGACAGCCUCGCAUCUCGUUCAUACCUUGCAACAUUCGCAGUGAAGAACAGGUGAAAAAGUUGGUUAGCCUUUCCCUGGAAAGUCAUGGCCGCCUCGACUUCCUGGUCAACAAUGGAGGUGGCCAAUUCCUAUCGAAGGCGGACGGAAUCUCGUUAAAAGGAUGGAAUGCUGUCGUCGAGACCAACCUAACGGGGAGCUUCCUUCUCUGCAGAGAAGCUUACAGCCAGUGGAUGAAAGACCAUGGCGGAUCGAUUGUCAACAUCACCAUGGAGAAUACGCGUGGUUUUCCCUUGGCAUCGCAUUCGGGAGCUGCACGAGCUGGUGUGGAGAAUCUGACGCGUUCUCUGGCCGUGGAGUGGGCCGAAAGUGGAGUUAGGGUCAACGCGGUCGCUCCUGGAGCAAUCUAUUCCGCUACGGCAGCAAAAAACUAUGAGCGCAGAAUUUUUGAUGAAGCGCCGGCACGAAUGGCUGCCAAAAGGGCAGGCACGCCACAAGAGGUGUCUUCUGCGGUCUGCUUCUUGCUAUCUGCGGGAGCGUCUUACGUGUCGGGCACAACACUGUUUGUGGACGCAGCUACCAGACUGCACCCUGGACACCUGUUCGACGUUCCAGCACAUGACCGAUGGCCGAAACAUGACAGCUGCAUCGAUUACAAUGCUGAAGAGCUCUCCUAGAAGGCUUUCCCCUCUUUGGAGC